AUUAGUUUAUAUAUUUUAACUACUCAAUAGUUUACCUUUACAAAAAAAAAGUUUAGUCAAGAUCAUUAUUUAUAAUAUAAACAAAGACUGGUCGUAAAAUAACGAGAAAAAAAUGGUUUCGGAAGCGUGGAAGUACUUUAAUAAAGUUGUGGUAAAUGAUAAGAAGUAUGGAGAUUGCAAAAAAUGUCAUAAAAGAAUUGCUUGUCCAGGAAGCAGCACAAACGGCCUUAUUGGACACGUCAAAAGUUGCGAGAAAAUAGAUUUGAAACCAUUCAGUUCCAGACCAGUUUUGUCAUUAAAUGAUCUUCUUGCCAAGUUGACAGGUCUUGAUGGGUAUUCGAUUAGGUCCAUAACUCAACCUGAAACACUAAGAAUGCUUUUUGAAAAUUACGGGCAUAGUUUAAGUCAGCGUCCGCAAUUUCAGAAAAAAUUAAGAUGUUUCAUGCUGAAGCCAAAUACUUAAUGAUCGCUGAAUUGGCUGCAUUGAAAGCAAAAGGAGAAAAAUUUGGACUAACAGGUGACGAAUGGUGUAGCAAUAGAGGUAGAAGAUACUACAAUUUAAAUGUUCAUCACGACAGAACGUAUUGUUUAGGAAUAAUGAGAUUGCCAUCUCCUAGUUCUGCUGAAACAUUAAACAUUUUGAUAAUGGAAAAAUUAAAAGAAUUUGGUAUAGAUAGUGAAGAUAUUGCAGGUAAAACUACGGAUGGCUGUAGUUGGAUGGUGAAAUUGGGUACCAUAUUUAAGUUUCCACAUCAGAUCUGCCAGAAUCAUUCAAUUCAUUUGAGUGUUUGUGAUUUGAUAUACGCUAAAAAAGAUUGUCGCAAAAUUGUGAACAAAGAAACUGAAUCGAUUAUUGAAACAGAAACAGAAACUGAUGGAGAGUCUGAAGGAGAGUUUCUUAUUGAAUAUUCGGAGAAUGAAAUUGAGUAUGAAGAAAAUAUCGAAAAAAAUCUACAGAAACUUCGAAUACUAAUUAAGUUUUUGAAAUAUUCAUCGUUUCAAUAUGAAGUUCUUAAAAGAAAAAUAUACGAAAUAUACGGAUCUUCGCAUGACAAAGGACUGUUGUUCGACAACCGAACAAGAUGGAACAGUGUUUUUAAGAUGAUUAAAAGAUUUCUGGAUUGCUUAGAAGCUGUAAAAAAAACACUCGAAGAGCUAAACUGCUUAAACAUGUUAGCUGAAAUUGACUUGGAUUUCUUAAAAUCGCUGUCUGACUUAUUGGAAGUCGUUGCUGAUGCUGCAGUUCGCUUGGAAAAACCAAAUACAACAAUUUUGGAGUGUGACAUUAUUAUGGAAACGUUAGUAAGGAAAUUGAAGGUUGCAGAAACUGACAUCAGUUCUAAUUUUGCAGAGACCUUAAUCUCCAGAUAUGAAGAUCGUAAAAACGUUAUGUUGGUAUCAUUGAGUCGUUAUUUGCACAAUCCCGAUUUUUUUAAAAAUAAAAACCACACAUUUUUUUACGCUUCCAAAAAAGAUAUUCAAAUUUAUGCUUCAAAAUUAUUUGAUCAACUAUUUGCAACAAAAGAAAAUAGUCUCCAAUCAAAAUCAGAUGAUCACGCUAAAAACAAAUAAGAAGAACCAUCACAAUCGACAUCUUUUUUCUCCGAAAUUCAAGAAGUUCUAAUUCAAAAUCAAUCAGCAGCUAAAAAACCAAAAAAAGUCAAGACCUUCACUGAUCAGUUGAAAGAAUAUGAAGUAACUGGUGUGAAAUCAGAAACAGUUUUAAAAUUUGAACUAGCCAUCCACAGAAUUCAAGCAACUUCCUUGGAAGCAGAAAGAGUUUUCUCCUCGUCUUCCAGAUUUGUCACAAAGUUUCGUAGUUCGCUUUCUGAUGAAAUGAUAGAUGUUUUGAUCUUUUUAAAAUAUUAUUUAAAAAGAUCUUCAGUAUAAAUACUUUUUUUUUCAAAUUUUUUUAAAAAUUUUUACUAUAGGUGCCCCAACAAGUCUUUAUUGCAUAGCAACGCAGAAGUUCCUAACCGAUGCCAGUUAGAAAGCCAAUUAUUAGAUAUAACUUGUUCGUUAAAAAAUUGUGAUAAAAAAAAUAUUUAUGUACUAAGAAAUAUAAAAAUAUAAAUUUUUUAAAAUUUUAUUAUGAAUUAUAAAUCGAAUA